AUGGGAAUUGGGUGCUUCGUAUUGUUUUACGCUUAUAUUAGUGAUUUGAAAGAAGAAAAAUUAUUGGAAAACUUCAAUUUCAUUCGAUAUGCUUGUAUUGCUAUCAACAUUUUGUCAAUUCCGAUAAACUAUAAUGUUCUACUCACUUGGAACUUGGAGAAGCUCGAUUUCAUCGGAAUCCAUCCAGAAACUAAAAGAAAUUGGGAAGGAGUGAUUAAAAGGGAUCGAAAUGGAGAGUGGGUGAUUGAUGAAAGCCCACAAGAUCAUGAAUUAUCUGUUGUCUGA